AUGGAUAGUGUUGGAUGUGAUGGCGACCACUUCGAUAUUCUGAUUGUUGGGGAGCUAAUCAAGCUCAGCAGCUACUAUAGUGGACGCUGGGUAAGUCAAUACUCUGUGGAUAUGACGGAUUCUACGAUUCACAUUACCGGAAUCGUAUCCAUCGCCUCCCAUUACUUUGAAAACGGAAAUGUCCGUAUGAACGUGCGACGUGAGAUGCCUCCUAUUCAGCUCUCUCUUUCCAACGGCGUUGCGACCAAGUUAUUUGAAAGGAUUGCGGCGUUCGAGGACGAGAUCCAGGAAGGCUUGAACGAGAUUUUCACAUCGCUCAAGCAGGAUGCGCUAAAGACGUUCCGCAGACAGCUUCCGCGGACUCGCCAGCACUUUCAGUGGAAUGUGAAUGCCCACAAGAUGGCAGACACGAUGAAAGGAAUGAACAAAUAG